GGUUUACUUUGAUGUGUCAAUGUGUGUGUAGUUUGAAGAGAUUCAGUGAAAUAAAAACGUGUCAUUUUAUAAGCUAUAAGAAUUAAUUUUCUCGUAUAAAACACAAUGAAUUAUUUAAUUUUUGUAACGCUUAUAAUAUCUUUAAUUACCCAUAGCAAAUGUACAUUAUUUGAGAGUGAUUCUUGUUACUCAUUUGGCAGCGGCAAUGUUUUUCCCGGUGGAGCCAGAAAAAUAGAUCAUAAACUUCAAUUUACUAAAGCUAUGAUCUCAAAGCCGGCACCUGAGUGGGAGGCCACAGCAGUUAUUGAUGGGGAAAUAAAACAAUUAUCUCUAUCCAGUUUCAAAGGAAAAUAUUUAGUAUUCUUCUUUUAUCCUUUGGAUUUCACAUUUGUAUGUCCUACUGAGAUUCUCGCAUUCUCAGAGAGAAUUGAAGAGUUCAAAAAAAUUAAUACUGAAGUAGUAGCUUGUUCUGUUGAUUCACAUUUUACACAUCUGGCUUGGAUCAACACUCCUCGAAAAGAGGGUGGGCUUGGCAAAAUAAAUAUUCCACUUUUAAGUGAUCUUACUCAUUCAAUUGCUAAGGAUUAUGGAGUAUAUUUAGAAGAUUUAGGGCACACAUUGAGAGGUUUAUUUAUUAUCGAUGAAAAAGGCAUUUUAAGACAAAUAACCAUGAAUGAUUUACCUGUUGGGCGUUCAGUAGAUGAGACACUCAGAUUAGUACAAGCUUUUCAAUAUACUGACAAGCAUGGAGAAGUGUGCCCAGCAGGUUGGAAACCAGGACAAGACACGAUAAUUCCAAACCCUGAUGAGAAAAAGAAGUAUUUUGAAAAGGUGGCUAAAAAUAAACAAGCCUAAGAUUAAGUUCUAAAUCUUUACCCACCCACAUAGAUUCAUGAUCGAAGCUGUUUUGACGAAAAUGAAAAAGGGUUUGGGAAAUUUAAUUGGUAUAAUUAAUUUUGUUCAUACUUUCUACAAAAUCAUUCCAAACAAAAAAUUACAGGAUAUUCCAUAUUUUAGCAGAUUUUGGUCAUAGAAAAUAAAUUAGAAUUUUAUUAGUCUUAACUUAACUAUCCAGCAUAAAAACAUAAGUUGUAUAUUUUUGAAUGGGGUGUUUUGUCAUGAGAGUCAAAAGGGCU